CAACAGGGUUCUCGCAGCAACACAUGUGCAAGAGCGUGGACUCAAGCUUUUGGGAUAUGCAAAUGAAGCUUUGAAAAUUUUGCAUUCUUCUACUCCAAAUUACAAUUUUUUCGUUGUUUGGAAGGAGGGAGUGGCUGAAUUUCAAUGGUCUUUGGACAUGCCCAGGUGUUGCAAGUUCAGUAUGGGGUGUUUACCGGAUGAGCUUUGGACGAAGAUUUUAGGUCUAGGAAUAGAGAAAGAAGUUCUGGAUUACAGGGAUUUGUGUUCUUUGGCGUUUGUGUGUCGUCGCAUCAAAAAAAUUUCUUAUUUUGACUGCAUAUGGCGCCCUUUGUGGGAGCGAGAUCAAGCAAAGCUCAGUGUCGGGUCUUCGUCGCGGAACUUGGUUGUGGAACCUGGCAUGGCACGGAAGGAAAAUGAUGCAAAAGCUUUUAGAGAUUUGUAUAGAAUUCGGUUCGAGAAAGUAAGGGCUGCCAUAAUGGCUGCACACAGGCGGCGCGUGCUAAGGGUAGAAAGUCAGGUGGCAGUGCUGCAAAAGGAAGCUCAACAAUAUCAAUUGGAUAUUCAGGUAGAACGCAGGAAGCUUGUCGCGACCGUAGCGGAGCUGAAAAGUUUUGAAGUAGCGAGACGAUCAGCAAUAGCCAUACAGGUCUGGCAACCACAAGCAGUCCGUGCCCGACAGCAAGAGGUGUUGGAACAGCAAAGUGUUAAUGUGGGUGCUAGACAACAAUCCUUGCAGAUGGAAAUCAAUGUUUGUCGCGAGCGGGUUCAACAAUUUGAAAAAAGCCUGCAAGCGAAGAAAUCUGCGAUUGAAAAGUGUAAAAAGGAGCUGGAUUCUUUGACCUUCAAUCCUUCUCGCAAGCUCCAUGAUAGUUCAAACACUGAUGAAAGACCAGGUCGAAAAGCUGCGGUAAAAAGGAAACUUGAUGCGUCGUCGUCAACCUGUAUUGGUGAAGAGAGGACCGGAAAAGGAUCGGCGUUACUAUUCUACAUCCCAACCGCCGGAAGGCCAUUUUGCCAGUUAAUAAUCUAAAUUUCUCAUUCCGAAACAUCCUUUGAAAAGUGGUACGGUUCCGACGUUGAUUCAAUUAAUGUCUGAUCUCUCUUUUCUCCUCAAGUUUGGGACGGUGCCAACUACUUUAUACUUUUCCCCUCUAAACCUCGACAUCCCAACUUCUUAAUCGUCUGAACUUGUAUUGGAUUCACACUACCAUUUGUAAAUGAUGAAGCCUUGUUGCGCUUGUUCGUGGACAAAUUGGUGAAGUCUACAUGUACAUGGGACAUCGAUGAUGCCAAGAACUUUGUUCUUUACCGAGACAUUAUCAGUGGAGCACCUGGGCAGUUGAUGCUUCUUCGCAGUAUCAGCGAGAUCACUGAAAUAAGGUAUGCUGCCUUACGAAACUAAGGCUACGCAGGAGGGAUGUGUCGCUCGUCACGACAUUAACACUGGGCAGUCUGGUUAUCUUUAUAAAGCCGAUUUAUUUGUUACAACAGAUGUCCACAAUCACGAUAUCUUCAUAAUUGAUGAUCAUGUGUAAGAUCGUCAGCAAGACUUUGCUAUGAUUUGUAUGUUCGCUGGAUAUGUUGUAGAGUUUUGCCAACACCUUCA